UGUGGAGGGAACAUUAACCAUUCUUGUAUAAAACAAUCAGUUGGGAGUUCACCCAACCCUACAAAAACCCUCGUCUAGUUUUAUUUCUGCUUCACUUUUUAACUUUUUUUUCUUUUUUGUUACGACCAAGUAACUAGGAAAGAGCCAAACAAGGUACAUAAGAAACCAAACCCCCUUGCCUCACAAUUUCACCUUCUAACUUGACCAAAAGAAAAAUCCCAUCAUGAGCUAUUCUCUUCUGUGCUUUUUCUACUUGAUUGUGCAUAUGAUUAUAUUUUGCAAUCAUGGGAUACAUUCUGGCAGUAUGAUGACAUUUGUAGAAGAAAGUUCUUUGCAUUCAUUUCUUGAUGAUAACAACCAGACAACAACAAAGGAAUUUGAGCAGGCCCACUCAAACCAUAGAAAGCUUUUGGUACAUGGUAGUUGUACAAGCAGAGACAUCAGCAUAUCUCAGAGCAGAGAAUCAACACCUGGGAUCCCAGAAUUCAUAGUACAAAUAGUCAACACCUGUGUUUGUGGAUGUGCUCCUUCAAAUAUUCAUCUCCAUUGUGGUUGGUUUGCCUCAGCAAGAAUAAUUAGCCCAAUGAUCUUCAAGAGGCUCUCCUAUGAUGACUGCUUAGUUAAUGGAGGAAAGCCUUUGAAAAACAGCCAGAUUAUCAGAUUCACUUACUCAAACUCUUUCAUGUACCCUCUUUCAUUAAGGUCUGCCAAGCUUUGCUGAGCCCCCCUCCACUAGCGCAAAUUCAAGAGAUGAGUGAAUGAAAUGGCAAAAGUUGCACCACGUUAUGUCCACCAAAUGUCCAAAGUUUUGAGAAUCAUUCACAUCUUCUUCCUUUACCAAUGGUAUAUUAUAUUUUCAUCCACCCAUCUUCUGUGAUAUGUUGUAAAUUUUCUCAUUGACUUUUGACUAGGAAUUGCUAUAGGUCAAAGAUAUAAAAUACUAUAAUGGUGUGGCUGUAUGUAAAUGUCUCUGAAACUCUGGGCUUCCUCUUGUUACCUUCUUUUUUAAGAGAGAGAGAGAGUUCCAUUUUCUUCAUUUUGUCUUAAGUUAGAAAAUGUGGGGACUUUUUGAAAUGGAAUAAUGGUGAACAAAAUUGA